CUGGAGCGCCUCCCUUACCUCGGGGGUUCGAGUCCCUCAACGACUGUGCUCGCGGAAGCUCCAGACCAACGACCUCCAAUAGCAACUCGCCGGUUAUCCUGACUACUUAGGUAUGCAAGGCAGGUAAACGCUGAACCUGGCUGUUGGAUCACCUAAUGAUAUUCUUGUGAUCGCCGACGACCACCGCCCCGGCAAUUGAACGGCCUGGUGGCAGGAGUCCAUGACCGACCUGAUCCGCACACAUCAUACACCACGCUGCCGCUGUUCCUGCUCAUCAAGGCGGCCGACGGGAGCUGACAGAGCCGACGGCCGUGUGUGUUCUGGGAAGAAAACACUCAUACUCAUUUUCGCUCCCUCGCGAGCCCCGUCUACCCGCCAUGGACGUGUCGCAGGCCGUGGCCGGCUACAUCGCCAAGAUUGUCAACCCACUGGGCGAGGCUUCAUCGUCUAAGAUGAAGAUACUGCUCUUGGACCGCGAAACGGUGUCCAUAAUCUCGACUGCCGUAACACAGUCGGCUCUGCUCAAUCAAGAGGUCUAUCUCAUCGACCGCCUCGACAACACUGGUCGCGAGAAGAUGCGCCAUCUGCGUUGCCUCUGCCUGGUCCGCCCCUCCCCCGAGACCAUCCAGCUCCUCGUCGACGAGCUACGCGACCCAAGGUAUGGCGAGUACCAUCUGUAUUUCACCAAUGUAGCCAAGAAAUCCUCUCUGGAGCGCCUCGCCGAGGCCGAUGAUCACGAAAUUGUCAAACUUGUGCAAGAGCACUUUGCCGAUUAUACCGUCAUCAAUCCAGACCUGUUCGCCCUCAGUGUCUCGCUCCCUCAGUGGCGUAUAUGGUCUGGUAGCCCUGACACAUGGAAUCCCGAUGCUCUUCAGCGCUGCGCCGAAGGCCUGAUCGCCGUUCUCCUAUCUCUGAAGAAGAAACCCCUCAUCAGGUACCAAAAGAACAGUUCACUCGCCAAAAAGCUGUCAUCCGAGGUCCGCUACCUCAUGUCACAGGAGGACCAGCUGUUCGACUUUCGAAAAAUCGACACUCCUCCCAUCCUGCUCAUCUUGGACCGGCGAGAGGAUCCUGUAACUCCUCUGCUGACGCAAUGGACGUACCAAGCCAUGGUGCAUCACCUUCUCGGCUUACAGAACGGCAGGGUAGACCUCAGUCAAGUUCCUGACAUUCGACCCGAACUGCGAGAGAUUGUGCUAUCACAGGACCAGGACCCUUUCUUCAAGAAGAAUAUGUUCCUCAACUUUGGCGAUCUUGGUGGCACUAUCAAAGAUUACGUCGAACAGUAUCAAUCCAAGACGAAGAGCAACGCCAACAUCGACUCUAUAUCCGACAUGAAGCGCUUCAUAGAGGAAUAUCCGGAAUUUCGCAAGCUCAGCGGCAAUGUCAGCAAGCAUGUCACUCUGGUCUCUGAGCUGAGCCGGCGGGUCGCCGAUGAAAGGCUGCUAGAGGUGAGUGAGACGGAACAAAGCCUGGCAUGUAAUGACAAUCACAACGGAGACCUCAAAAACAUUCAGAAUUUGAUACAGACACCCAAUGUGACACCGGAGGCGAAAGUUGGGCUGGUGGCGCUGUAUGCGUUGCGAUACCACAAGCACCCGUCCAACGCGCUUCCGAUGCUGGCGGACCUUCUUGUAGCGGCAGGGGGGGUGACCCCGCGGCAGGCGGACGCUGUCAAUGCGGUCUUGUCGUAUCACACGUCUCUACCCUCGUCACAGCCCCAGGGUGGCAUUUCUGAGCUAUUCGAAUCGGCAGGUAUCUUCUCAGGCGCCUCGAGCAGAUUCAAGGGCCUCAAGGGAGUCGAGAAUGUCUACACGCAGCACACGACACUACUGGAGAGCACGUUGCAAAGCCUCAUCAAGGGCAAAUUGAAGGAGCAGCAGUAUCCAUUUACGGACGGCGGUGGCUCAACCAAAGACAAGCCUCAAGACAUCAUCGUCUUCAUCGUGGGCGGUGUCACGUAUGAAGAGGCCAAGAUGAUAGCGGGCGUCAAUGCCUCCACCCCGGGCGUCCGCGUCGUACUGGGGGGCACCUCUGUUCACAAUGCGGCAACUUUCCUCGAAGAAGCCGUUGAUGCUGUCGGCUCAUGGCCCGAAGGUCGCAGCAGACGAUGAGACGGGAGGGAGACCGAGGACAAUCGAGUGUCUGUCAACCGGGAUCCUUCGUCAUAUGACUAGUUGUUUUUCAAUGGCACAGGCGGAGAGAAUCGAGGGUUGCUGUAAACAAGAAAACACGGCCACAAGCUUGAGUCAAAAACCGGGCAUGGUAUCAGUGCACUGUAACUUGGCGUUGAGUGUAUUCUGGACGAUAUGCGCUGCAGAGUCGUGCCUCGUUGAAAGGCUGCUCUGAUAGACCAUCGGUGAUGGUGAUGUAUUAGUAG